UGUACAUACAUCUUCUUCCCAGAAUUCAGACGUUCAUCUUCAUAUGCCUUUGUAUACCCAUUCCUUGAAGUUGAACUUUUCUCUUUGAAUUCCAACUUAUUGAAGUAUCUUCUUUCUUCGAAUCAAGAUGGUUUUCAAUAUUUUUUUUUGGGUCGUUUCUUCACUUGAACAGUCUACAUAAUUCCUUAUUCUUCUUAUGCGUGGAAUCUGAAUUCUUUUCUAAAUUCAGACUAAUUAGGUCAUUUCAAACAUUUUUAUUCAACAUUCUUCAAUGGAGUCAACUAGUAGAUGAGACAUUUGCUGUCAUCUGUUAAACUGUUGUCAUUUUUCAUUCAUUCUCAUUCUGGUUUAUUGAACAGUAGAAACAUUGGGUUGACCACUGGUUAUUUCGCAUUAGGAACGAAGUAAAAUAAUGUCGAAGGCUAGAAAGAAAUUGGAGUCCCAAGUGGCUAGCGAAUCUCACGAUUUGUGCUCUCCAAAAUUCCCUCCAGCAGAUCCAUCUACAAUACCAUUUGAAGAGUGGUGCGACAGUGAUAUCAACAUUGAAAAAUGGGAAAUCAGUAAGGAUAGCAAUGAGAACUUAUUUCGAGAUCCUCAAGAAACACACUUACCACCGAGUCUCCUCGGCCUUCAAUGGAAAAGACCGUGUGAAGUAUUCCCAGAUGCCAACUUCACAAUUUUCACCGAAAACCCAGCCUACCCGGACCUGAUCGCCGGCAGCAAACACAUCCUCCAUUCAGAAUUCGUGCUCUCCUUUAUCCACACCAUCCAAACUCUGUGCUAUCUCGGCAACACUGGGCAAUUUCCUGUGGAGUACACGAGCCUCCAAUUCUUUCCCACUACAACGAACCAACCGUGGAAGCCCUGGCAUCACGUCUAUUCCAAAUGUCAUGCCGGGAAGGGACAGCAUCACAAUCCGACAGUGAACAAGUUUGGAAAGUAUAUAGUUCGUCUAUUCUGGUUGGGUUCUUGGAAGAAAAUAUACGUAGACGAUUUGUUACCUCUGAACGCAGAAGAAGAAAUAUUGUUGCCAUCUCUACCCAUACCCAAAGAUCCUCUAGAACCGUUCCAAAUCAAGAAGGCACCAUCCGAAAAGCAGAGUAAACACACCAAGCUGAAAAUAUCAGCAGAAGUGAGCAAAUCAAGGUCUACCAUCGGGAAUAAGAAGGUCAUUGAGCUUUGGCCAUUUUUAUUGGCUAAGGCUCUCAUGAAACUAGCUAAUUUAACAUGGUGUGAAGGAGAAGAUUUGGUGGAUUUCGACAUGAUUCAAUGUUUUUCAGGUUGGAUACCAUAUAAAAUAAGUACCAGAGGUAUGACUACAGACGAAAUUUGGGACGAGUGUAUGAAAUAUACAUCCCAUUACAAAUGGCAAGAGCACCAAGACCGAUCUACCAGUAAGAUGAAGAUUAAAAGUAAAAGCAAGGUUUCUGUGAGAGACAAUUUGGGGAAGACGAAAAGUGGGGACCUAGGAAACAGAGAUGACCAUGAGAAGUACAGCUUGGCGCUUUGCUUCAGACACAGUAACUGUUCUAUGGUUGGUGGCAAUACUCAUCACUUGCUCAUAGAACAAACAAGAAAUGUGUCAUUAGUGAAGCCUUCAAAGGAGGAAGAUUUUCCACUAUGGAAACGUUAUAGAUGGUUGGAUUGGGCUAUUGAAAAUAAUAUUUUACCACCUAAGGAAAGCGCAACUCCUAUCAAAUUUCUGAAAUCGGUAGAUCCUUUCAAGGAAAUAUGCAAUAGCAUUUACGGAGACGAUAAAACAGAAGAUGAAACACCCAGAAAACUGAUUGGACCAGAAAGCAAUAAAGACCUGAGUAAAAAAGGAGAUGGAAGCAGACGAAGAUUGGAAUUCACUUCAUAUCCAAGCUUGACCAAAUGGCUUGACUUUGAGCGAGUCUCCGGAAAUAUUCUUCAUCUGAUAGUGUACUUCAAACCUUCCAAGUAUCCAGUGAAAGUGAGGAUAUCCGAUCUGUGUUCCAAAAAUAUCACCAAAGAAUUAAAGUAUCCAGUACUAAAAGCAUUAGAAGACAGCAUGGUUCUAGAAUGGAAAGAGAUAAUUCGAACACAGUCUUCGCUAUUCCAUAGAAACGAGCCAGUGUACAUCCUCAGUGAUUCUUUGUCCAGUAGGAGAGUCAUCAUCAACAUAGCCCAAGUGGGAUCCCAACAAGUUUUACAAAGUGAUUCAGAAGGAUAUACCGAGGAAAACAAUUUAGAACCUUCCGAUUCAGAGUGUGGAAUUUGCUUGUCGACGAUCCUCGAGAGACUCAAAAAGAAGAAUGCACAAACAUCGGACGAAGAUGAAGUUAACAAGAUCCCAGUUAUUCCGAAUGAGUACAAUUAUUAUCGCCUAGUAGGGCAUUUGGUAUUGUGCAAGUUCAAAUGGAACUCUGACCAUACAGAUGACGUGGUACAAUCCAUCAGAACGUACGGGACGAGUACCAUAUCUCUGAACUUGGAACCAGGCAGGCAUCUGUUCAGAUUGUUGAUCAAAACUGGUACACCGUACGUCAUACAGAUUCUGUCGGAUGCACCCCUUGCUGUAGGGUAUCUCGAAGAGAUCUACCCCCUGAUGACCGAGGAAACAUGCUUGAUCAACGAAAUGAGCAAAGCAAUAGCAAAGAGUUUUCAAGAAUUGGUAAAAUCGUUCGGAAAAGGAGACUAUCUAGACAAAUUCCGGAACUUCCACGACUCCUACAAACCUCCUUGCGAGUUGGACAAAGAAGAAUUGACAACAAUUCACGAAGUUUUCUCCAUAGAAUUGCUAAGGCUCGUUAGUUACGAUAUGGGCGAAGCAGAAUUGAGAGCCUUGAAAGUUUUAUUGAAGCAAUGGCAAUUCCCACAUAGAGAAAACAACUCAGGAGACACUUCUGGAUUCUGUUAUCAACCUGAUGCCGAAGAGAUGGAGUACGUCAAGAUCAUUCAGAAGGCGACUGUGAUGAUUCAGGCAUUCUUCAGAGGUGUAUAUGAAAGGCAGAUGAUGAAACGUCAUUCGUCAUCUGACAAACACUAUAAAGCCACUGUCGAAUGUUUGCAACGUAUCCACUCCCUUUUUUCAAGUAAAGGGGUAACACUACUGCGAAACUAUUUCUUCACUCCUGACGUGCUCAACAUAGCAGAAAAGCGAGGGUGCUGUGAAGACAUUCAAAGCGCCAUCACCCUGUAUCAGUUCAGCAAUUCGACGCGUGUUUCCGAUCAAGGCUGGAACUUCAUUUGCCGCCAGACCUUCUACGUUUCGUCGAUGCAGCCGAUCGUCCUCAGGAUAAACAUGUUCUGCGACCUUACCAGAUACAGCGUCAGGGCGUUCGACAACGAUGACGGUAAAGAGAUGAAAAUCCACACGAACAACGUGGCGUCAGACGAGUACCAUUCGAACGCCAACGGAUAUACUGUGCUUUGUUACGGGAUGUCCUCGACUGCGAAACAACUGUACUAUAAGCUGUGCUAUGCGGUCCAAAAGGAGACGACCGAAAAAAUGCUGCAUUUUCCGCACAAUCAGACGAAAAACGAGGUGCUCACUGGCAACUAUAUUCCUAGCAAGAGGAAUCGAAUAUGCAGGUACAUGAUAUUGGUAAAUUCAGAGCAUGCCUUGGCAACUCUACAACUCUCCACCAACCAUCCCGACGUAAAGAUCAACAUGAAGUUAUUCAAAGACGACGAACUCUUGAAUGACGUCACGGGCAUAGGGUCCGUUCUCCUUCCAGUGCUUAUGUUGGGAAAUAAAACCUCGGACACCUGCAGGAAAAUCUACAAAGAAGAGUCUUUGAAAUCGGUCGACAAAAAAUCAAACACCAAAGGUUUGCACAAAUCGAGAACCAGGAGUCACUCCAAUGGCAUGGAAGAUAGGGAAAAGAUGUACGACGUUAGCGAAGUUUAUUUCUUGGAGGCCAAUGUCAUGGAAAACUCGUGGCCAUUGAAUGCGGCUGAAUGGAAAGUGGUUGAACGAUUGAAAGCUGACAAGCUUUUGGGUGACCCGAAUGGAAGUAUCAAGAAAGGUUCUGCAACAAAGAAACAUUCAAUAUCGGAGAUUCAGAGUCCAUUCUGGACAUUGCAGGUCAUUACUGGCUCUACUGAUUUGGUGCGAUUAUCGACAGAUGAAAAACGAGAUAUGGAAUUGAGACAAAACAAGAUCAGAUGGUACAGCAAUGAUCCUAUGAGAAAUAAAAAGUCGGAAGAGCUGAGGAACACAUUCAUUGAUGAAAACAAAAUAACCAAUGGAAAAAUAUGCCUGGAUGGGGAAAUAAGGACUUCGAAUCCAGAAAUAUUUGAGGAAGAGGUAUUGCCAGAUUAUGAUACUUAUUGUGAUAUGUACAGAAAAAUACCUCUUGGGGAUGCUACUGGUGAAAGAGUUCUGAAAGAUGGUCUGAUAAUUGAAGAAGAAAUAGAAAAUGAAUUUCGUGCUAUAGUGAGGUUUCGUGAAUUCAACGAGAAUAUUGCUGAAGAAAUUGCGGAAAUGGAAAAAACACAAAUUGAUAAUUAUAAUCUGAUGAAGGACUGGUACAACGGAUGUCGACUUGAGUCGGAAAAGAUGAUAGAAGAUGCCCAUAAAGUAAAACAGAAAUACAUUGAGAUUUUCUCAGAAUCUACAGCUAUCGUGAAAGAAAAAGACAAGAAGGAGAAGAAAGCUACUAAAAAAUCUAAAAAUAAAUGAAAAUGGAUUUUCAAUUGGUUCCAUACGGAAGAAAUGUUAUAAAACUGAAAUAUUAUCAUCAUCAUUAUCAUAUUAUUAUUUCACUUCAAUAUACCCAUCAACCGAUUGUUCAACUCUUCUACAAGUGUUUCGCUUACGAUGUUAUAGCUUACAGCAUA